AUGACUAAUGAUACAGAUAAUAAUAUCAAAUCAAUGUCAUGCAUUGAACACAAUAAAUCAUUUAAAGUAAUUUGUUUCACUUGUAAUAAACUAUUGUGUUUAAGAUGUUCGUUCAAUCACAUCAAAGACCAACCAGAUCAUUGCGAACAUUCUGAACACAUCGAUGACAUCAAACAAGCUUUGAAAGAUAUAUCUAAUAAUGAUAAUAGUGAAAAUAGUGUUAAUAACUAUGAUAAUAAUAGUAAUAUUGAUAAUAUUAGUGAUAAAAAACAACAUUCAACAUUCAUUGAAUCAAGAAUCGAUUCAAUAUGGAAAUCAUUAAAGUCGUCAUCAGAAAGAUACCAAACAUUAACUGCGAAAGAGAAUCAGAUAAAACAACAUUUUGAACAGCUACAUCAACAUCUUAUCACUGAAGAGCAUAAGUUAAAGAAAGAUAUAAUCGAUGAUAUCGAUAAGAUCACCAAUGAAAUAAAUGACAAUGUCAAUGAAUUAAAACAUUUAAAUAACAUUCUAAAUAUGAAUAUCAACUUGAUGAGUAUGAACGAUGACCAUAGUAAUAAUAGUAGUAGCUCUAAUGAUGGUGAUUCAGUAGUUUUAGAUACAACAGAACAAUAUUCAACUAUAACAUCGAUCAUAUCGAUUUCAUCCAGUUCAUCAUUACUAUCAUUCAUUAAAGAUAAUCGACAAACUUUAUUCAAUGAUAAUAAUAAAAAGAUCAAUACAAAAGAACAGUUGGAGCAGUAUAGUAAUAACCCAUCAUUGUUGCUAUUGGACUCCAUUUAUAAAUAUAAUAAUCAAUUCCAACCAGACAGAAUGACAGGUGAAAGAGUGUAUUCUUUUAAUGAUAAAUCAGAGCAUAUAUUUAAUAUAAAAGUUUAA